CACUAGCCAUUCCGGACGGCUCCUCUUAAAGACCAGAGCUCCGGGGUGGGGUGACCUCACCUGCCAGUACCACGGAAAAGGACAGAAGAAGAAGACCCCGACUUCCUGGGUCAGGCCCAGAGCCGCCCCUAGCCGUAGCCAUCUUGCCUCUCCGCUGGGCGGAAGCCUCAGGUCCCUUCCAGUCGCGUAGCGGCCUCUCUAGGCUUCCGCUGGCAUCGUCUCUGUGGCCCCGCGCCUCCAGAGGCCGGAAGUUCUAUGUCCUAGCAGCUUCCGGGAGCCGCGACCCGGGGGUAGCUGACGUGGAAGCCUUGGGAGUGCCACCGGGAGCGGCGGGACCCGCUAACCCGACCUGGGAGCCCGAAGCCUGAAGGAUGCUAACCAAAUUCGAGACGAAGAGCGCGCGGGUCAAAGGCCUUAGUUUUCAUCCCAAAAGACCCUGGAUCCUGACCAGUUUACACAAUGGGGUCAUCCAGUUAUGGGACUAUCGAAUGUGCACCCUAAUUGACAAAUUUGAUGAACAUGAUGGUCCAGUGCGUGGCAUUGACUUCCAUAAGCAGCAGCCACUGUUCGUCUCUGGAGGCGAUGACUAUAAGAUUAAGGUUUGGAAUUACAAACUUCGGCGCUGCCUGUUCACAUUGCUUGGGCACUUGGAUUAUAUCCGUACAACAUUUUUUCAUCAUGAAUAUCCUUGGAUUCUGAGCGCCUCUGAUGAUCAGACCAUCCGAGUGUGGAACUGGCAGUCUAGAACCUGUGUCUGUGUGCUAACGGGGCACAACCACUAUGUAAUGUGUGCUCAGUUCCACCCCUCUGAAGACCUGGUGGUGUCAGCUAGCCUGGACCAGACUGUCCGCGUUUGGGAUAUUUCUGGUCUAAGGAAGAAAAACUUGUCUCCUGGUGCAGUGGAGUCGGAUGUGAGAGGAAUAACUGGCGUUGAUCUGUUUGGAACUACAGAUGCAGUGGUAAAGCAUGUGCUAGAGGGUCAUGACCGUGGAGUCAACUGGGCUGCCUUCCACCCGACUAUGCCCCUUAUUGUAUCUGGGGCAGAUGACCGGCAAGUGAAGAUCUGGCGUAUGAAUGAAUCAAAGGCAUGGGAGGUUGACACCUGCCGGGGCCAUUACAACAAUGUGUCUUGUGCUGUUUUUCAUCCUCGCCAAGAGUUGAUCCUCAGCAAUUCUGAGGACAAGAGUAUUCGAGUCUGGGAUAUGUCUAAGCGGACUGGGGUUCAGACUUUCCGUCGGGAUCAUGAUCGCUUCUGGGUCCUAGCUGCCCAUCCUAACCUUAACCUCUUUGCAGCAGGCCAUGAUGGUGGGAUGAUUGUAUUUAAGCUGGAGCGUGAGCGUCCAGCCUAUGCUGUUCAUGGUAACAUGCUGCAUUAUGUAAAGGACCGAUUCCUCCGACAGCUGGAUUUCAACAGCUCCAAAGAUGUAGCUGUGAUGCAGUUGCGGAGUGGUUCUAAGUUUCCAGUGUUCAAUAUGUCAUACAAUCCAGCAGAAAAUGCAGUGCUGCUGUGCACCAGAGCAAGCAAUCUAGAGAACAGUACCUACGAUCUGUACACCAUCCCCAAAGAUGCCGACUCCCAGAAUCCUGAUGCCCCUGAAGGGAAACGAUCCUCAGGCCUGACAGCGGUUUGGGUUGCUCGGAAUCGGUUUGCUGUCCUAGAUCGCAUGCAUUCACUUCUGAUUAAAAACCUGAAAAAUGAGAUCACCAAGAAAAUCCAGGUGCCCAACUGUGAUGAAAUCUUCUAUGCUGGCACAGGCAACCUCCUUCUUCGGGAUGCAGAUUCCAUCACACUCUUUGACGUCCAGCAGAAGCGAACUCUGGCGUCAGUGAAGAUUUCCAAGGUGAAAUAUGUUAUCUGGUCGGCAGACAUGUCCCAUGUAGCGUUACUGGCCAAGCAUGCCAUUGUGAUCUGUAACCGCAAGCUGGAUGCUCUGUGUAACAUUCAUGAGAACAUUCGUGUCAAGAGUGGGGCCUGGGAUGAAAGUGGGGUGUUUAUCUAUACCACAAGCAACCACAUCAAAUAUGCUGUCACCACUGGGGACCAUGGGAUUAUCCGAACUCUGGAUUUACCCAUCUAUGUCACAAGAGUGAAGGGCAAUAAUGUAUACUGCCUAGACAGGGAAUGUCGUCCUCGGGUCCUUACCAUUGAUCCCACUGAGUUCAAAUUCAAACUGGCCCUGAUCAACAGGAAGUAUGAUGAGGUACUCCACAUGGUGAGGAAUGCUAAGUUAGUGGGCCAGUCAAUCAUCGCUUAUCUCCAGAAGAAGGGCUACCCUGAAGUGGCGCUGCACUUUGUAAAGGAUGAGAAAACUCGUUUCAGCCUGGCCCUGGAGUGUGGAAACAUUGAGAUUGCUCUAGAGGCAGCCAAAGCCCUGGAUGACAAGAACUGCUGGGAGAAGCUGGGAGAAGUGGCCCUGCUACAGGGCAAUCACCAGAUUGUAGAGAUGUGCUAUCAGCGCACCAAAAACUUUGACAAACUUUCCUUCCUGUACCUUAUUACCGGCAACCUGGAGAAACUUCGCAAGAUGAUGAAGAUCGCUGAGAUCCGAAAGGACAUGAGUGGCCAUUAUCAGAAUGCCCUGUACCUAGGUGAUGUGUCAGAGAGAGUACGAAUCCUGAAGAACUGUGGGCAGAAAUCCCUAGCCUACCUCACAGCUGCUACCCAUGGCUUAGAUGAGGAAGCCGAGAGCCUGAAGGAAACAUUUGACCCUGAGAAGGAGACAAUCCCAGACAUUGAUCCUAAUGCCAAGCUGCUCCAGCCACCUGCACCUAUCAUGCCACUGGAUACAAACUGGCCCUUACUGACCGUGUCCAAAGGGUUCUUUGAAGGCUCCAUUGCAAGCAAGGGGAAGGGAGGAGCAUUGGCUGCUGACAUUGACAUCGACACUGUAGGCACUGAAGGCUGGGGAGAGGAUGCAGAGCUGCAGCUGGAUGAAGAUGGGUUUGUGGAGGCUCCAGAAGGUUUGGGAGAGGAUGCUCUUGGCAAGGGACAAGAAGAAGGAGGUGGCUGGGAUGUAGAAGAAGAUUUGGAGCUCCCACCUGAGCUGGAUGUACCCUCUGGGGUGUCUGGUAGUGCUGAAGAUGGGUUCUUUGUGCCCCCAACCAAGGGAGCAAGCCCAACUCAAAUCUGGUGCAAUAACUCCCAGCUUCCAGUUGAUCACAUCCUGGCUGGUUCUUUUGAAACAGCCAUGAGGCUUCUCCAUGAUCAGGUGGGAGUUAUCCAGUUUGGCCCCUAUAAGCAACUGUUCCUACAGACAUAUGCCCGAGGCCGCACCACCUAUCAAGCGCUACCCUGCUUGCCCUCCAUGUAUAGUUACCCUAAUCGCAAUUGGAAGGAUGCAGGGCUAAAGAAUGGUGUACCAGCUGUGGGCCUAAAGCUUAAUGACCUGAUCCAACGAUUGCAGCUGUGCUAUCAGCUCACCACGGUUGGCAAGUUUGAGGAAGCUGUGGAAAAAUUCCGUUCCAUCCUACUCAGUGUGCCUCUUCUUGUCGUGGACAAUAAACAGGAGAUUGCAGAGGCCCAGCAACUCAUCACCAUUUGCCGUGAAUACAUUGUGGGUUUGUGCAUGGAGAUAGAAAGGAAGAAGCUACCUAAGGAGACCCUAGACCAGCAGAAGCGCAUCUGUGAGAUGGCAGCCUACUUCACACACUCAAAUCUGCAGCCUGUGCAUAUGAUCCUGGUGCUGCGGACAGCCCUCAACCUUUUCUUCAAGCUCAAGAACUUCAAGACAGCUGCCACCUUUGCCCGACGCCUGCUGGAACUUGGGCCCAAGCCUGAAGUAGCCCAACAGACAAGAAAAAUCUUGUCUGCCUGUGAGAAAAACCCCACAGAUGCCUGCCAGCUCAAUUAUGACAUGCACAACCCCUUUGACAUUUGUGCUGCAUCUUACCGGCCCAUCUACCGUGGAAAACCAGUAGAGAAGUGUCCACUCAGUGGGGCCUGCUAUUCCCCUGAGUUCAAGGGACAAAUCUGCAGGGUCACUACAGUGACAGAGAUUGGCAAGGAUGUGAUUGGGCUGAGGAUCAGUCCUCUUCAGUUUCGCUAAGGCCCUUCACGUGCAUGGUUAGUUACAUACUGUUCCUCAGAGUCUCCCCUUACAGCCACAUUCAGCUUGUUGAUGUUGGUUCUCCCUAAAACGUCAUGUCCUCUCUGCUUUUGCAAAUCCCAAGUUUCAAACUUGACUUCCUUGUUCUUGCAGACCUCUCUCUUGAUGGUUUCUGUGCUUGUGAUUAUCAAUGACUUUGCCUUUCAGCUUGGGCCUUCCAAGGAACAAAUGAAAACUUUGUGCUGGCCAUUUGUUUAUCAAAUUCUUAGUAUUUACUCCUCCCUAAUCUACCACCUUCGUUUCAAUUCUACUAGAAAGCAGCAGGAUUCAAUAAAUGCCAUUUUUCCCAGCCACUCAAGUUGUUAACUAUCCCAUAUUUUCCUUGGGUAUUUAAUGUCAUAAUUAGGUUCCUUCUUUAUGUGGGCCCACACACUUCCAGGCUGAGAAGAAGUCAUUUGGUUUUGCAAAAUGUAUACCGUUUUUCAUUGAUUUGUUUCCGUCCUUUAUGUCUUACCAUCGUUGUUAUGUUCUGUUGCCCUCACUAAAUAAAGUAAAUUUCUGAGA